AUGCUGGUGAAGAGAGUGCUGGUGAAUAAUUUAUUAAAGAGUGCUAGAUGCUGCUACUCAACCAUCUCAGCGCAGCCCACAGUGACGAGAGCUAGUCCUGUUAUCCCAAGUAUUAUAACCCCAAAAUCAUCUCCAUCAUCAACAAUCAAAACUAAACCAUCAACUCCAACUAGUAUCAAACAACAGAUUGUGAACUUGCAAAAGGUGCCUACCCAUUUCUUGAAUGAAUAUGGUGUUUAUGAGAAGAUUGACUUGUUAAUUCAGAAAUUAAGAUAUCCUAAUACACCAAUCAGAAUAGGGUUAUUAGGAUCUGAAAAAACAUUCUUGAAUACAAUAUUAGCUGAUCCAUUUGCCAGUGAUCAAUCAUGGUAUGAAUCAUUAUUAAAGAGAUCUAAUGGUGGUUCACUAUUCAAAUAUGGUGAAAAUCCCGAGAUUUUAUCAAAUAAUUAUACAAUUCCUUCACCUUUCCUGCAGACCCAUAAUAUAGAGUUUUUGGAGAUUCACAAUAUUGAAUACAAUGAUGGGUGUCAUUUAUAUAUAAAUUUUGGUUCUCCAAUUGAUAUUAAAUGGCCAACUUUUGAAUUUAAAGAUGUUGAUUCAGAAUUAGUAUUAGAAGCAAAUGAAAUCAAUUCUAAAAAAUCAUUUGAAGCUAUAAAUUUAUUAAGAGAAUCACCAUUAAAUUCUACAAUUUAUACAAAUUUAUACAAUUCAAGUCAUUUCCCUAAAUUUAAUCAAGCUUUAUUGGAAAUUAUAGAACCAAGUGUUAUCAUUACUAAAAAUUUCAAUUCAAUAAUUAAAAUUUUAGAUCAUCAAUCAAUUUCAAAUUCAUUAACUAAAACAGAUCUUGAAUUGAAAACCCAAAAAAUCCAAAGUUUAAUAAAACAAUGGGAUGAGUAUACACAUUAUGAGUUCCAAAAAACUUUUAUCCCAUUCAUAAAUUCAUUUGAAUCAAAACAAUUAUCAUGGUGGAAAUUAUAUUAUAAAAAUGAUGAUGUGGAAAAUUUAUUAAUUAGAAUGUUGGAUGAAUCUGGGUUUUUUCAAAAUUCAUUACAAAAAAUUUCAUAUAUCAAGGGACAAAUUGAUUCUUUUAAUGCUAAUGACCUGAAAAAUUCAGAAUUGAUUGAGGUAUCAAAUAGAUUAAAUUCAAAUUCUUUAACCAAGGUACAUAAUGAUUUAAUCUCAAAUGAACUAUUACCAAUACAAAAUUAUGCAAUUAAACUAUUAUUAAUUAAUUUCAUUGGAUUACAAUUACCAGUUGUGGUUAUAUCGAGUUUAGGUUGGUAUUUAUAUGAUUUUUCAUUGUAUUCAAUGUUUGGGUUAGGUUCAUUAGGUUUAAUACUUGGAUUGAAUCAUUCAAACAAUCAUUAUUUGAAAAAAUGA